GGCCAGCGCGGACGGGACGGGGCGGGAGUCUUCGCAGCAACGUGCGCGGGGCCGCAGAGGCGCAGACACCGCCCCGGCCGCAGACACCUUCGCUCCUCGCUGCUGGCUCCGCGUCCCAGCCCAGCUCUGCGGCAGGCAGGAGAAGCGGCCGGAUCGCGACUCCAGAGUUUGCGGCCGUCGCCAGGCCUCCCCGAGCGGCGCCGACGCUCCCGCCGUCCGGACGCGCGACCCUGCGCCAGCGCCGCAGCCACCUGCUCCGAGUCCCCGGGCGAGCACAACCAUGCGUCCCACUACGGCGCUCUCCGCGCUGCUGCUGCAGCUGGUGCUGCUACUGUCGCCUCCAUCUCUCUCCCAGCAAAAUGGAAAUGAGACUAGCAUAUCUACUAUCAAACCUAGCACUGCCCAGAGCCAACAAGGUGCCACAACAUCAACAAAAGUCACAACUGGUGACCCAGUGACAUCUCCACUUGCUUCAGCCCAGCCAAGCAACCCUACACCAUCCACAACCUCAGUCCAAUCUCCGACGUCCAUGCCGACCUCCAUACCGACCUCCACAGGCAAUCAAAGCAGUGGCAGUCUGACUACAACCUCCAGUGUCUCCGAGGUGAACAAGACUAAAACAAGCCCUCCCAGUAGCACGACCUUCACCAGUAGCAGUGGACAAACAACCUCCUCUGGAGGCAAGAGCGGUGACAGUUUUACCACAGCACCAACAACCACUUUGGGGCUAAUCAACAACGUCUCUUCUCAGCCUACUGACCUUAAUACCACCUCAAAGCUUCUUUCUACCCCCACAACAGACAACACAACAAGCCCUCAGCAGCCUGUGGCUUCUUCACCGAGCACAGCGAGCCAUCCUACGGGGCAGCAUACCCCUGCUGCUGUUCCCAGCAGCUCUGGCUCCACGCCUGGCACUGACAACUCUACACUGACAUGGAAGCCCACUACACACAAACCACUGGGCACCUCUGAAGCCACUCAGCCCCUCACCACCCAGACACCAGGCAUCACUACAUUGCCCGUCUCCACACUGGGACAGUCUACGGCGUCUACAGUGGGAACUACGACUGAAGAGUUCACACACCUCAUCUCUAAUGGGACUCCCGUGGCCCCUCCAGGCCCCAGCACAGCCUCUCCCAUCUGGGCCUUUGAGAAUUACCAGCUAAACUGUGAACCUCCCAUAAGGCCAGAUGAGGAACUCCUCAUUCUGAACCUCACAAGAGUCAGCCUUUGCGAAGGGAGCCCUCUGGAUGAGAAAGAGAAACUCGUGGGACUGCUGUGUCACUCAGUCAAAGCGUCCUUCAAGCCAGCUGAGGAUUCGUGCACUCUACAUGUGGCCCCUAUUCUAGAUAACCAGGCGGUGGCAGUGAAGAGAAUCAUUAUUGAGACGAAGCUUUCUCCUAAGGCCGUGUAUGAGCUACUGAAGGACAGAUGGGAUGACCUGACAGAGGCCGGAGUCAGUGACAUGAAGCUGGGGAAGGAAGGGCCUCCAGAGGUCAAUGAGGACCGCUUCAGCCUGCCCCUCAUCAUCACCAUCGUCUGCAUGGCAUCCUUCCUGCUCCUCGUUGCUGCCCUCUACGGCUGCUGUCACCAGCGGAUCUCCCAGAGGAAGGACCAGCAACGACUCACAGAGGAGCUGCAGACAGUAGAGAAUGGUUACCAUGACAACCCAACCUUGGAAGUGAUGGAGACUCCUUCUGAGAUGCAGGAGAAGAAGGUGGUCAACCUUAAUGGGGAGCUGGGGGACAGUUGGAUUGUCCCUCUGGACAACUUGACCAAGGAUGACCUAGAUGAGGAGGAAGACACACACCUCUGAUCUGUCUGCUGGCCACCCCAACUGCACUGCAGAACUCCAGACCACCCAAAGUGCCAUUUGGACAGGGAGGGGGAAAUCUUCCCACCUGAAGACAGAAAGACUGGGGAGGGAGAAUGGACUCCGAAGGUUGUCUCCCUCCUCAUAAUCCCUCUAGGGCCUUAAUUUUCCUUUUCAAGUUCAACAAAGUCACAUUCUGUCCAGUUCCCUCAUGUAAAAUAACCUACUUGUGCCUGAGCCCAGAGCAGGAAGGCAGGAGGAGAUGGAGAACGCCAUGCGAGAGGCUCUGGAGCUCCACCAGGAACGGCACUCUCUCAUCUCAUAAGAUGACCGAGGCCUUAAGAGGUCAGGUGACUUGCACGGGGCCACACAGCCCUUUGGUGACAAAGGUUGUUUCCCUCAGUCUGGUGCUUAACUGUAUCCAGACACACUACUGUGUUCAUCUGUGCCCGUUUCCCAAGGCACAAGACUUGCAGGUGGGCAGGCUGGAAAAGAAAACCAAGCCUCUAUGGUCUCAAGGACAGGUCCCCAGUUUCCAUCUCCUAUAACAUGGCCUCUGCUAGCUUGUUGUAUCCCACCUCUCAGGAGUUAGUCUUUAGUCCCAUUAUUUCCCAGGGCAUGGCUUUGAACUUCUUGUUCUACAUUCUGAUUUCCUUGCCUUUCUUAGUGGGAUUGGCCUCACUAUCUAAUGGAGUCUGCCUAAGGGGUGGGUGGGCAGGUAGAGGCAUCUCAUGCUCUGAUGGCUUCCCUAAUGACUUCCUCAUGGCAGCUGAUUCUGUACUGAGACUGGCCUGUCAUUCAAGACACUCCCUAGAAGACACUCCUCAAAAAUCUCCUCUGGCCGUCUGCUUCUGCUCCCACUAGAAACAAAUCUGCAGUAGCUACGGAAAGCAAGAUGCUCCUUUUUCGUUGUUCACUGCCCAGCUGAGUGGGUGACUCCUCAAAACCUAGUGUCACAUAGCAGUUGUCUAGGGACAGACAUGUCCUGGGGUCCCAACUGGUCCCUGAUUGGCAAAUGUGUCUCAGUAGACAAUCGAUCUAACCUACCAGACAUUAUUAUUCCACAGGAAGCUCAGGGACGUUUCAAGUUGCUGAGAGCUUGGGUUGGUGUUCUGUGCUGUGUUGUGUGUGUGUGCCAGCUCCUUACUGCCAAAGGCCAAAGCUCAGAUGGUGGAGACUGUUAGCUAAUUCCAUCGGUUUGCACCCUCCUUUGCCACACGGAGAAAGGCCCAGAUCGUGCAGUUUUAAGAUACCUUGGCCUACUCUCCCAGCACGGAGCCAGGCUUUUGUGUCUGGUGUGCUUUGUAGCAUUCCAGCUGUCC